GGGAGAAGAGAAAGAUAGACAUAAAAUGUAAAUGCUGGUGUCGGAAUUAGUAAUGCCGUAGUAGUGUAAUUUUCCCUUUUUUAAAGCAUUUUUACAUUAUUUUCCAUUAAAAAAUGUGAAAAUAAAAGUUCUACAAACGUUGGCCGUAAGGGGCCACAAUUGUCAAUCAUGAUUACUGUCUAUGUAAUCCUGAUUCUGAUGCAAGGUUUUGUUUCAAGUCAAUCAUGUCCUCUUCGUUGUGAAUGCAAACGUGUUGGUCCACAAGCAGAAUGGUUGAAAGUAAUUUGCAAUGAUCAUAUACAAGAGAUUAAAGAAAUUGCCCUCGACACAAUCGGUGUUGAUAUUUUUCAACUUGAUUUAAGCAAAAAUGAAAUUUACAUUAUUGAGCCGAAAAUAUUUAUUAAUUUGACAUAUCUAAAACGAUUAAGUAUUUCCUUCAAUAAACUUACUACCUUGGCUGAAGGAUCAUUUAACGGUCUUGAAAACUUGGAGAGGCUAGACUUGAGUCGUAACCAAAUUACAACGAUAGACUCGUUAGCCUUUAAGCAACUGGUAAAUCUCAAACGGCUUGAAUUGUCUUUCAAUCGAAUAAGCAAGUUGGGUCCAACCUUAUUUCAUAGUUUGGAGGCUUUAGAUCGCUUGAAACUGAAUAAUAAUUACUUAACAACAUUGAUGGAAGGAACAUUUCACGGACUUAAAUCAUUGAAACAAUUAGACGUGUCUGACAAUCCAUGGAACUGUAAUUGUGAUCUCUAUUGGUUUAGCAGCUGGAUUUAUAACAGUUCAUUAAAAUUAAACCCUCCUCCAAAAUGUGUGACACCUUUAAAUUUAAAGGAUCAAGCAAUUCGAAAAUUAAGACUAACUGAAGGCCUACAUUGUGAGUGGACAAUUCCUGCUUUAGAAGUAUUACCACAUCAAAAUCAAAUUGUUUUUGCCGGCGAUUCAUUAACAUUGAGAUGUCGUGCACCAACUGUAAUUGAUGAUGAACGCAUUAAAAUAAUGUGGUUUUGGAAUCCAAAUAUCACUCUCAAUGCGCAAAAUUUUACAAUGCAUUUGAAUCCAAAUGAUAGUUUGUCGAAUAUUAAAAUAGAAAAUCGACGAUUAACAGAAAAUGGCAUUGUUGAUAGCUCACUAAGUAUAAAUCCGGUAAAAGAAGAACACAAUGGACAGUGGAAUUGUUUAUUAGCCUCGGUGUUUGGAAAUAAAUCAAAAACAAUAAAUGUCAUAGUAAUUUCGAAUUUGACACGAUAUUGUCCCCAAACAGUUACAAGAAACAAUAAGGGAAUUUAUAUGUGGCCUAGAACAGUGAUAGGUUGGAAAGUUGAAUUACCAUGCGAAGGUAGUAUUUUAUCAAGUUUAUUACAAAAUCCACUUUUAGCAACACAUCAUUGCAAUUCGAGUGGAAAUUGGGAAUAUUUAAAUACCGAUUCAUGUCCUUAUGUUUCACCGACAACAAAAAUUCUCGAACAAUUUUCAAAAGUAAAUCUCUCUCUAACAAAAACAAGUCUAAUGGAAACUGUUAAAAAAUUUAAAAACUACACCGGUGACAGUGUUAUGCUAACAGAUCCAGUGGAAAUUAAAUUUAUCACACAAACAAUUGAUAAUUAUUUAAGUUUUCUUAUUGAAGAAAAAGAAUUAGGACCAAUGUUGAUUGAUAUUAUAAAUGUUGUACUCAAUUUACCAAAACGUUUAUUAAAAAUGGCUGAAAUUUCUUAUAAAUCAUGUACAAAAUUAGUAAAAUUAGUGGAAAAUAUAACUGAGCUUACACCGGCAAUUCAAUCGCAUAAAAAUAAUAUGGCAUUGGAAGAGAUACGUAUAAAACCUGAGAGUUUUGUGGGUUUAAUGUGCAGUUGGUAUAAGAGUAUUAAUCCCGAUGAGAAACGUGAACUUUAUUGUACAAUUAAUAAUAAGACUGCAAUGAUUAGUAUGAAAGAGCAAACAAUUGAGGCGUCUGUACAAUUACCUGCAUCUUUAUUUAAUCAUUUUGAUGACAAAGAAGCUGCCUAUCAACUUAUGAUCUCCAUGUAUAGUAAUAGUAAACUUUUUCCAAAAAUGCUUGACGAUGAUAAUAUGGAUAUUUCUUCUUGUGUUAUUGGCAGUAAAAUACUGGGAAGAACAGUUGAUAAUUUGACAGACCCGGUUUAUGUAAUGUUAAAAACACCUUUGCAUCAUUACAAUAGUAAAUUAAUUCCUGUUAUUUGGGAUUCCACGACAAAUGGUACGGGAAAAUGGUCAAGCGAUGGUUGUGAAUUAUUAAAUUUAAUGAAUAAUUUGAUCGUAUUUCAUUGCAACAGACUUGGAUAUUACGGUCUUUUGCAGGAUAUUAGUUACCUAGACAAGGAAGGUGGAAGUUUAACUGGUGCCAUGUUUAAAUACUCAAAUCCUGCAGUUUACGUUGGAAGUUUCAUAACAAUAAUUUGUCUUGUUAUAAUUACUGUAACUUAUGUAUGUUGUUAUCCCUCAAUAGCAAUGCCGAAAAAAGCAAAGCAUUGUGUUAUCAACACUUGGAUCGCGUUGACAUUACUUUGUGUUUUAUAUAUUGCUGGAAUUCAACAAACUGAAAAUGUUGAAAUUUGCCAAGGUGUUGGAUUAGUUUUGCAUUAUUUGUCUCUUUGUAGUUUACUUUGGAUGGCUGCCACUGCAAGCAAUAUGUACAAACGUGUUUCAAAAUCCGAUAUGGAAAAUUUGCCUGAUGAUGAAAUUCACGAGCCACCAAUUCGUAAACCAUUGCUGGGACUUUAUCUUGUCGGUUGGGGUAUCUCGUUGAUAAUUUGCGGUCUAUCGGGAGCAAUUAAUCUUCGAGAAUAUGCAUCGUAUUCGCAUUGUUUUUUAUCGUCGAAACCAUCACUCGCAGCUAUUUUUAUGCCAGCAGCUAUUCUUUUAGUUUACUUAAUUAUUCUUCAUUUACUAAUUAGAUGUACAAUUAGAAAUACUGAUUUAAAUGGUCAAUUAUCGGAGGGAACGCAAGCGACAGAAAAUAUGGAUUUAGAAUUAUUGGAGCCAAAUGCAAAUCCAACUGUUGAUCGCGCUAGUUUACAUAGUAGUCAGACAGUUUCGUCGGAAGUUGAAGAUUCUGAACAUUCACAAAUAACACAACUCAAGGGACAAAUUAUCAUUAUGAUUUUGUAUCUGAUUACUUGGACUUUUGCCGCAUUGACAUCGGCAAAUUUAUUUACUUCAUAUAUUUCUUAUGAAGAGACACUUUUUGCUGUUUUGUAUGCGAUUUCAGCGAGUUCAUUGGGACUUUUUAUUCUCUUCUUUUAUGGUGUUGCAAGAAGUGACGUUAGAUCACAAUGGUUGUUGAUGAGAUGUUGGCUGAAAAAACGAAAGCACAGAUGUUGCAGACCACGUGGUAUUACUGAUGCUGUGUCACCGGUUCCAACUCAACCGCUAGCCACUAAUAUUUCUGCACCAUUCUCCAAUACACAAGCUACUCAGGUGACGUCAGACACAAAUUCACUGAGUUCAUCGAGGCAUACAAAUAAAUCGCAAAACAGUUAUAAUAUGUCGAAACUUGUUGAUGCAACAACAACGGUUAAUCCACCGGAAAUGGCGAAUGUAAAAUUAAUAAUGAUGCAUCGACAACAAUAUAGAUCGAAUAAUUCUGUCACAACUUAUAAUACAGAAUGUCAACCUGCAUGUGUAGAAAUGUUUUAUAAUCCCCAUCAAAGUGGUGUGGCGAGGAAAUUUUUUAAAAGACAACGUAAACAUACAAAAAAUAAUAAUUUAGGACCACGAAAACAAGGUGAUGGAGGAAUAACAAGUGAUGGCGGAAGUUGUAUUUCUAUUCGAAGAACAAUGAAAUUAGAUAACGAUAUUGGAAGAAGUAUACUUAGCGGUGGAACUAAAGUCAAUAAUACAAAUAUUCAUGUUGAAUUAAAUCCAAUUAAUGAUUUAAAAAAUGUCAAUAUUCUCUCGGACAGUGGACAGAGUAGUAUUAUAACAACUAAAAAAAUAAAUAGGGAUUCUGCUCAGCGUGAUAGCAUGGAUUAUCGUAUGUCACCGACAAGAGCUGAUUUUCAACAUUUACAUCAAGAACAUCAGAGCACUGUCUCUACGAGUCCAUACGAAUCAGACACAGGAUCAAAAACCGAAGAGAAAAAACAAUUACGCAAUGCUUCUCAACAAUGUAGUUUAGAAUGCAGUUCCGAUAUGGAUUCAAUAGUACAAAUAACAAGUGAAAAAAGUGAGCAAAAUUUUUCCGAAAUCGACGAUAUGCUUGAAAGACCAACAAAACGAAAGGGACGAUGUUCAAGUUUCAUUGAACCAAUUAAUAUCAAUGAUGAACAAUUUAGAUCGGAUCUAAAGAAAUCUAGUUAUUCAUGCAGUAUGUAUACAUUACCCACUGAUUGUACAAAUUCAUUGAAAAGUCAAAGUCAUCGUAAUUCUAUACGUGAUGCAAUGUCACUUGCAAGUUCAAAAAAUUGUGAAUACUCAAAAUCAUCGUAUGUCGAUUCAUUUUCAUCAAAUUCACAUCUUCAGGAGAAAAUGACUGAUGAUGGUUCACGUGAAUCAUUAGGCUCGCCAUUCAUACAGGAAACAUAUAAAUCAAUUAGUGAAAAUGAUUUGGUUCGGCGAGGGCCAAUCAGUGAUUUAUUAAAUAGUCAAAAUUGUCCGUCAAAUUCGUGUGCUGAUCAACGACAACUUGAAGAAAUGCAAUUGACAAAUUUCGAGAGAAAAGAUGAGAUUUCAAGGAAAAUUGGCAAAAAUUUUUAUUCCCUCAGUGAUCUUGAGGAAACGCGUGGUUCAAUUGGCAUUGUUCAACGAUAUCAGGAUAUUAAUGCCAGUAUAGGGAUUGAUUAUCAAAAAGAAAAUUAUUCUGACGAUGAUGUGGCAACAUUAGAUGAUGAUUGUCUUACGCCAGAUUCAUUGUUUGAUUUGUCAAAUGUGAAAAAGGAGACAAGCGUUUGAAGUGUGAUCGCAUAUCAAGAUUUGUUUUACAACAAUCUACUCCUAGUCGAAUUCAGAAGUAUCCAAUUUUUUAUUUUUUUUUU